CACAGCAUCUCAUCAACCCUCUGCACUGUGUUUUGUCACGCCAUGGCACCGCAAAUGCCAGAGGAAUAUUACUUUAACCCGACCUCACACGUCCCCAACUCGCGCCUGCCUGUCCUGGUCUACCGGCAGGUGCUCCCGCCCGAGCCAACUGCGACCUCCACCCGCGAAGCUCUCGAGAAGAACCUGUGGCUGAAGGGAGGCCAGUUCAAAACGUACUGGGCUCACCAUUUCCACUCAGUUACGCAUGAGUGCUACGCUGUUUUCAAAGGAUCGAGCAGGCUUUUGCUCGGACGUGGCCCGCUCGAUGACCCGUCCGAGGGCGGCCUUGAGGUGAAUCUUAGCAGGGGAGAUAUAAUUGUUUUACCUGCUGGUGUCAGCCAUUGCUCUGUAACGUCAGAGGGCGGGUACGAAUAUCUAGGCUUGUAUCCGGAGGGCUCGCCGCAUUGGGACAAUAACUUUUGUAAAGCCGAUGCGCAAGAGACGGCAGAGAAAGCAAAGGUGGCGAGCAACAUUCCCAUCCCGGACUGCGAUCCCAUCUACGGGAGAAAUGGCCCGCUUGUGGAUAUCUGGAAGAAAGCCGCAGCCGCAGCCGCAGCCGCAGCAUGAGCUCGCGAAGCCGUCUUCUUCUUUAGCAGCUUCAAGCUUGCUAGUCGCCCUCUGUCCCGGGAACGCUCACUGUCAGCUGUGACUAUUCGGUCUUUGCCUCUACGCUGGCUACCCGAGAUUGGAGACGCUAGAAAUUGGGAGACGAGCAUUUCUCGAAGUGGCAGAAUUAGAACGCAGUCGAUAUCUUGAUAUCAAUCUCAGCUCCGACGUGAAGGGAAGUCGCCCAACGAAGAGACUCCCGUGUUCGACCAAAGCGCCUAAGAGACAUAGUCUAUGGAGAGGCCAAAAGCGAGAGAGGAACGCACGAAGUCACUAAAUCAUUCUUUUACCUUGCAAUAGAUUCU